CUGUCUUCUCCAUCUUUAGCUUGCCACGCUUCCAAGUCACCAUGACUACCAGAACGCCGGGUUACUUCCGGAAUUCAGCCAGCGGCACAUCCGGUUGGGCUGCAAUAUGGCGGCGCCCGUAUCUCUGCUGCUCGAAUUUGGAGGUGGCGCAGAGCUCCUGUUUGAUGGGAUCAAGCGACAUCAGGUGACAUUGCCGAACCAAUCAAAUCCCUGGGACAUCAGGCAGUUAUUGGUUUGGAUCAGAGACAACCUGUUAAAGGAACGGCCUGAGCUCUUCAUACAAGGAGACACAGUGCGCCCUGGCAUUCUGGUUCUGGUUAAUGAUGCAGAUUGGGAACUGAUGCCUUAGGAGUUGUCAUUGAAGGCCAACUGGAGGACCACAGCUUAUCCCAGUGUAUACCAUGUUGAUGUAUCAAGGGCAAGAACUCAUAAGAUAAAGUAUGUCUGCAGCAGGGGGAGUCUAAGGGACAAAACCGCUUUCUGUAUAAAACCAGGACGAUGCUGCUGCUAGAGUCCUGCGCUGGUCCGGGCAGACCCGUGUCCGACCCGGACUCUCAGACCUGCAAGCCGCCCCGCUCCUGCCACCCACUAUACCCGCCACCUAGACCCAGUACCCGACCCAGCCACAAAGAGCUUGCUUACCUCCCAACCCGACACCCAUGAAAAACGGAAGUGACUUCACUUUUUAACCAGACGUGAUGUCACUUUUAACCGGAAGUGACCUCACAGGACCCUUUUCCUCUACCACAAACUCGGGAGAGGGUAGGAGGGACCAGUCCUGCAACAUAGCCAGGUACCCAGACGGGUUAACACACGGACUACCGACCACCUUGCAGUGGGUCCACAGGUACCCGACCCGAUGCAGGACUCUAGCUGCUGCUGUCUGUAUAGCAUAAAUAAUAUUUAGUUUUACCCCCAUUAAGUGUUUUUUGCAUAGUUUUAUGUUAUCCAGAAGGCCCAGGACCUGAGGUUUUCCAUAUAACAGAUCUUUCCUUAAUUUGGAUCUUCAUAAGCUACU